GUAUAUAUACCCCAGUGUCUGCAAGUAAAAAAUAGUUGAGGCUCUUUGCUGACAAUAGGAGAGUCUGAUGAUUGUUGAUAUAAGCAGUGAAAACAUUAAUAACCGGAAUGAAUUUAAGGACAUAAAUGUACAUAAUCCGUAGUCCUAUUUUUAUUUUUCAACAUUAAAUAAUACAUUUCUAUAAGGUUUGGGGUGGUAAAUGGAGGAGAAGAAGGAAGACGGAGACUCGGAGAUUCAGGAACACGGACCCGAGCAUUGGUUCUCAAAAUGGGAGCGGCAGUGUUUGGCCGAAGCGGAGCAAAGGGAGCCAAACGAAGAAGAGGCCGAUAACGACCAAGAGAAGCUGUGGCAUCUCUUUCAAAACUCUGCUACUGCUGUUGCACAAUUAUACAAAGAUAGAGUAUGUCACCAACAAGGUCUGUCGUUGUGGGUGCCAUUUCAGAAUGCUGCUACAGCAGUAACAAACCUCUACAAAGAAAGCGUGGAGUCCCACCAGAGGAGCUUUGAUCUGGGCAUCCAGCUCGGUCACCAACGCCGCAACAAGGAUGUUUUGGCGUGGGUGAAGAAGCGCCGGAGAACCAUCCGUCGGGAGGACUUGAUCAGCUUCCUCUGUGGCAAGGCGCCUCCUCCCCGCAGCAGCCGGGUCAACCCCCGGCUGGCCGUACUCGCCCCCGGCCGCGCCAGCCCCUCGCCCGAGACGGGCUCCUCGGUGGAGACGGACCUCCAGCCGUUCAGGGAGGCCAUCGCGCUGCACGGCCUCAGCGGAGCCAUGGCCAGUAUCAGCGUGCGCUCCGGGCCCCCAGGCUCCCCCACCCACGGCGGCGGCGGCGGCGGGGCCGGCGGAGGGGCGGGGCCGGGCCCGGUGUGUCGGGGGGGCAGGCGCAACGGCCUCCACGACGUGGACCUGAACACUUUCAUCGCCGAGGAGAUGGCGCUGCACCUGGACUCGACCGGCUCGGCGGCGGCCGGCGGAGGCGUGGGCGCCAGGAAACGGAACUCCGCCCAGUGUAGUGAUGUCAUCACAGACUCACCCACCCACAAACGGAACCGGAUGCUCUAAGGGGACGGGGCGCUCUGCGGGCAUGGGGGCAGGGGCCACGGCUUUGGUGCGGCAUGGAUGAGCUGGAAACAAACUCGGUGGGCUUUUAGCGAAUCUGGGGCUGGAACAAGCCAACGGGGUGUGUCGGUAUCUUUUAUUUUGUGAGGCUGAAUGAGGUUCCCCGUCUCCCUUCCCUUACAUCCUGCUGUGGAGAUCGCACUCUGUUUUCUCAAUGGACUAAGAAUAGAGGGUGCUGAACGAGAUGCAUACAGUCUGACUGAAUGUCCAGAGUAACACGACUGAAGGGAGCAAUCGGAAAGGAGAAAGUAAAAGGGACGUGUGUAGCCUCCAUCGGCGAGAAAGGUAGAGUGGGCAGGACGACCUUACUGCACCCCGCCCAGAGCCACUCCACCUUCUCCUGUUCAUUAACCGGACAACCACCCCCUCACCCCCACCCUCUUAAGGAUGUCAACUCCACCCAUCAAGGACACCAAGGCUGAUGUUUCACUCUACAUGUAGGCAGUCCCAUCUCAUCCAGGUUCCGUUUUAUCUCCUUUUUUAUAUGGCUGAAUGGCAGGAACUUCUGGUCGUCCGUUACAAGUCACAACCAUCAAAUCUUGAAAAUCGACAAUGCACGUCGACAGUAUUGCUCCGAUUGGCAGAGAAGAAUGCUCUGUGAGCCGGUAGCAGCAAACUUGUCUUCUCGACAGUCGGCCCUCCAGCUACAAAGUGCAGGCUUUUGACAUUUGAUCUACCACUGUCUGCCAAGAUACUUCAAUAGUCAUACGAAUUUGGCUUUGCCAGAUUUUUUUUUCCAACUACCAGUGUUUAACUUUGUUUGUUGCCACCGUUAUGGACAGUUUAAAUUCACCUUUUUGUGAAUGGUUUCCUUUUUUUUAAUUCUUAUUUGAAGGGUUCGAAGAAACCUCUGUCGUCCCGGCCCUCGUGACCCCGCCCCCAACAUUACAAUGCAGCUGCUGGUUUAUGUGACGUGUGAAUAUUCAAAAUGACAUUUGCAAUAAUCGGAUUCUUUGCACUUAUCUUUCACCCCUAAGGCCGUGUUCACAUCUAGCGUUCUUUGGAAUAGGGAAAAGUUGAGCCGACCGUUUUUCCAAAAAAAAAUAAAAGCUGGCAGCGUUUCUUUUCCUAAAAGCGCAGUGAACGUUUUUUCUAUCGCCUAGCAACGAACCCAUUCUAGACCCGAUGUUACCCGCCUACUACGCGUCCAGGCUAGAGCCCAUUAGACAUGUCGUAGAUCUCGACAUGUUCUGUAAUUAAAACUAUUAAUCACUCCACCUGCACUUUCCCGAGUGAUUUGUCCAUCAUCGUUUCUUGUUUUGACAGUUGAGCGUUGUGUCCAUGAUCCGCUUGUGAUUGGUCAGUUGCCCAACAGAUGCCUGACGUCGGCCGCUUUCUUCCUGAAAGUUGAACUUUUUUCAACGCUCCGUACGCUGGGAGAGGCGUUUAAAAAAACGGCCGUGACUUUUUCCAGAAACGCUCUGCUCCAUAGGAAUAUAAUGUAAAACGAGCGCUGGCUGAUUCAAAAAACCUCUAGAUGUGAACACGGCCUAACUCAUCAAAACAGUUAAACUCUUGCAUUAUAAGUAUGUUGCAGGGUUCCUCAGCCGAUACGAUGCAUUAGCCGUGUUCCUGGCGUGGUGGUUGGUUUAGAAUGAACCAUUUGAAACCAGUGGUGCCCUCGUUGAAACCACUGCCCAACUCGGCACAGGCUCAAGUAAUCCUUAUUGAGAGAUAAUUGAUAAGCAAUGCAAAAGAACCCAGACACCCACGAGUGCUUACCCAACAAACCAGCCACUUAAUUUAUCAAAGCUUUAAGGUGAGGAGAGCAGAGGAGAAAAGUGCAUUGGAAAAGUUAUGCUAAGAUACUUGUCUUGGUAUAAAGUGGAGUACAUAGGAUGGAUUUUCCAAGAAAGUUUUGCCGUAACAACAAAGAUUUACAGCUGAAUGGCGUGCUGAAAUCAAAGCGUUGUCACGGAACCAACGAAACCUCAGAAGACCUGAAUUCACACGAUUAAAAAGUAUGCCCUAAUCACAUGUGUGCAGUGCAACUUCUCAUCACGCAAUGCUAUUAUAUAUUUAUAUAAUGUCAAUGCAAUGCCAUUUUAACGCCUCGUACAACGCCCAACUUAAGAAGACUUGUUUAAUUCCCUUCAAAGUUUAUAUCUGGUACAUUGUUAUUUUAUUGUAUGCCAAACUUGAACUGGUUACAUGUUGAUCAAAAUAUUCAAUGCAUGUUUAGGCUUUUUGUAAAUCUAUCAUUAUUGCAUAAUAGCAAAUAAAUCUGGUAUUAAAUGGAACAUGGGAAGUGAUCAUGUUACUGAAAAUAUGUUGGCACAUGCUGUGAAGGGAUCUAGACAAGUAAACUUGAAAUGGGAUCGUUGCAGGAUACAGACGCCUCAUUAAUGGUGUCAAGCAGCCAGUAAUGGAGCAGGACAGAGGUGCAAUUUUAAGAAUCUUUGCCAUGAAAAUCAUUUGUGUGUGCGUGUUACAAAGUGUAGAAUCAUGCUGCUUAAGAUGAUGCUAUGCUAAAAGGAGGAUUGAAUUUAGAAGACAAUUCCAACAGGGCAUUUGAUCUAGCUGUACUUGGGUUUAAUCGACUGUUAAAACACCAUGGCAUGACCUCUGAUGUUCAGCUGCAUCCAUUAAGCUCUUGGUACAUAGUUCAAAGUAGACCUUUCUCAAAUAGUAAAUGGGUGGGGACAUUUGGGGCAUACUUCCAAGAAGCAGCUGUGAUUCACACCCCCUGAAGUAUGUUGAGAUUAUCUACUUGGUCUCGACAGGCUUUUCCUAAUAGGGUUUUAGCAUCUGUUCAAUUAACACUUGCCUUCCUGCCCAUGCCCACUAAUGACCUGGGCAACAGGUUUUAUUUCCCAUUCUUCACCUCCCCUAACCAGUCAGAGGUCUUCAUCACAUCUGUCCCUAAAAGGCCCACUCAUGCCACGACUCUCUGGAGCCAACACUAUUAUCAGCGCUUUCUUGAUACUUAUUUGUUAAAAAAUAUUGCUAAUCUAUAUACUUAACAUUUAGGUGUUGGUAUGAUAUAUGUUGUUCACAUUGUGAAAUAAAUAAAACUAAACCAUUGAAUUGCAAUUUGAUGUACUAUGUUUAAUAAAAAAAUGAGGAAAUCUCAA